UUUGUCAGUGAAACGGAAGUAAUCCGGAUGUUAGCUUGGUUGCUAAGGUCUUCCAGAAAAAAACGUCUUAAAAUCAAAUGAUUAAUGUUUCAGGGCCAAAAUGACUGUGUCCGUAUUAUAUCGAAUCUGCAUAUUUAUUUUAACCUCUGUGGUUAUUUCCUGCCGAGGUUUCCAGAACAUAAUUUAAUUAGCCGUCAUUAGCAAAGCGUAUCGACUGUAAGGCACCGUGGAGCUAAAGCAACUAACCGCAUAGACUUAAUCAGUGUUUCAGACGUUAAAGCAUCUACAAGUGAUGGUGAGUGCUACAAGACGAGUCCGUACUCUGAAUUUGUGAGACUGUGCAGGGAAGGCCACCCCGUGUGUUGUCCAACUGAGAACCCAGAGACUGAGGACACAGUGGGACCAGAACUUCUGACCAAGAUAUCAGACUCUCUGCUCUGAUCAGAUGCUGAUUUGUGUCUGAUUCUAAUUUCGGGCAGCAGAAAAACAGAAGAUACAGGUUAUAUGGCUGAGAUAGACCACUAGAACAUGUGAAUGUUGCAAACAAGCAUUGUGAACAGGAGAAUCUCAAGUGGAUCGAGGAUGUCUGAAAUGAUGAAGGUUAAAGCAGAAGACCCCGGAGGGCUCAGUUUGGAGCCCCUGAUACCUGCAGCAUCCACAUCAGAACUGGAGCAGAAACAAGACAGCAAAGAUCUCAUGUCCCCUGACCAGCAGCUCUUGGUAAUUAAAGAAGAGUUUUCUGAUUUGUGGAACUCCAGUUUGAACCAGCAGGACCAAGAACCUCCCUACAUAAAGAAGGAAGAUGAUGAACCUUGGAACUGUCAAGAGGAAGAGCAGCUUGGUGAGAAGGAAGAGACUGAGAGCAUUGCUGUUAGGGUGAAGAGCAAAUAUGAUGAAGAAAAAUGUCCAUUAUCAAAGCUUCAUUGCAUCAAAAUUGAAGACAACCGAGACACAGAAGCUCCAACCAGAAGGUCAGUUGAACAGAUGGAAGCAGAACCUGAUGGAGAGCACUGUGGAGGAACAGAACCAGAGAGGAACCCAUAUCCAAAUACUUGUUAUCCACCAGAUACUGAUGAAAGUUCUUCUGAUUCUUCUGAGACUGUAGCCAGUGAGAAUGAGGAGGCUGAUGACUGGCAGGGACCGUUGACAGGUUCUGAAUCUGAAGGUAGAGAUAGUCUGAACAGCCAGAAGAGCAGAACUCCUCAGUCAGACAUGAUCAUCAAUGAAAAACGUAGCACUGCCAAAACAAGCUUCAGCUGCUCUGGGUGUGGUAAACCGUUUAUCUCCAAGCAGUCUCUUCAGAGACACUUGAAGAGUCAGACAGGAAAAAGGUUUUCCAGCUCUUUAAAUAAUGACAAAUGUCUCCAAGUCAAGAAAAAAAUAGAUUCACACAAAAGAUCCAUCAGUGAGGGAAGCCAGUUUAGCUGUGAUGCAAGCGGAAAAACAUUUCUUUGUGAAGACAAUUUUCAGUCACAUCUGUCAGUUCAUGCUGGUGACAAACCAUUUAGUUGUGACAUCUGUAGCAAACGAUUCAGAAGUAAGUCCUACGCUCGGAAGCACAUUAUGUUACACUCUGGAAAGAGAGCAUAUAGUUGUGAUGCGUGCGGUAAAGGGUUUAUUAAAAAGAGUCAACUACAAACACACGUAAGACUCCACAGUGCAGAGAGACCAUUUAUCUGUGAUGUUUGUGGUAAAGGUUUUAAUCAGAAGUCACACCUUAAAGUUCACAUGAGGUUCCAUUCAGGGGAACAACCAACAGUUUGUGAUCUUUGCGGUAAAACAUUCAGUGUAAAGUAUUACCUCAAGGACCACAUGAGAAGUCACACUGGAGAACGACCAUUUGCCUGUGAUGUUUGUGGUAAAAGCUUCCGGAGAAAAGCAAAUCUGGAUUUGCACAUCAGGGUCCACGUGGGGGAGAAACCAUUCGCUUGUAGUGUUUGUAAUCGGACAUUUUCACGACAAGGAAAUCUGAAGCAGCACAUGAGUGUCCACAGCGAUGACAAGCGGUUUGUUUGUAGCGUUUGCAGCAAAGGCUUUUCACGAAAAGAACAUCUUAAGCUACAUAUCGGCGUUCAUACUGGAGAAAAAGCAUUCAGCUGUAGUGAGUGUGGGAAAAGUUUUUUGCAGAAGAUUCAUUUAAGGCGACACAUGUUGAUCCACACAGGAGCGAGACCAUUUGCCUGUGAUGUUUGUGAUGGAAGGUUUAAGCUAAAGCACCAUCUUCUGACUCAUAUGUUAAGCCAUGUAUGAGAGAAAAUAAAAACAUCUGAUUCAGUUCUGUCUGGGAAGUUUUAAAAGGAAGUGGAUCUUGGAAAAUGUUUAAAAAAUGCCACACAGCAGAUCCAGUUGUCCCAUUAAUCUGGUGUCACUUCAUGUCUCCCUGACCAGAAGAUUAAACACGUCUCCCUGUUUUUAGGCACUGCGUUAAUAUUGAUGAGUGUUUAACAAGCUUGUGCAGAAUGGGUCAACAAGCUGUUGAAGUUGUUUGUUCCUUUUAAAUCAGGUGUGUUGGACCAGCACAGCAUCCAAAACAUGCAGGACACCAGCCUGUUAGGACUGUCGUUGGACACGACUAGUUUAAGCCCUCUAUCUACACAUCCUUAUAACGUGUCUGUGGAGACUCUUCCCCCAUUUUGUUUAAAAUGAAUACGGAAGUACAAUAGAAAUAAAAGCAUGUUAACAUGUACUGGUGAGCUAUUUCUAGAACGUUUUGUCUUUGUUUUGAGAACGUAUUUAUAGAAAAAGAUGAGUGCUACUGAGGACAUCAGCAAUAAAGAUAAAAAUGAAAAGAUA